AUGGCCUUGUCCUCUACCACUACAUCAUCAUGCAUUCCAUUUCCAACUAACAACAUUCUUCCACCCUAUUUUAGAUUCCAAACUAACCUUCUUUUUCCUCUCAAUUUCCCACCCAGAUUACGCAUAAGAAGCUCCAGUGAAAACUCUGCGGGAGCUACAGAGGUAGAUUCGGAGAGUUCUAUUGAACUUCCAAAGGAAUCAUCCUCUUUAAUUUCUACUCUCAAUGUAGAAAGAGCUCUUCGUGGUAUACCAAUUACAGAUGCAGAUCACUAUGGUAGACUCGGCAUACCAAGAGGAUGCUCCUAUGACAUGGUGCCAGUUGCGUAUAACAACAAGGUUCGAGAAAUCGAGAGUCAAGGUUUAGAGAAAGACAUACUCAACAAGAAAUUGGAACUUCUCAGAGAAUCAUACACCAUCAUGUCAUCGCCAGAUGAAAGAAGAAUGUAUGACUGGAGUUUGGCCAGAGAAGGUAACACAGAAAAAUUUAUUUGGCCAUAUGAGGUUGAUGUCCCAGAGAUUCCAAAAGGAGAUCCUCCACCACAGGAACCUGAGGAUGUUGGACCAACCAGACUGAUUGGAUACUUCCUAGUGGGAUGGAUUGUGCUAGCAUUUGUGUUAUCAAUUGGACUAAACUUAUAG